AGAGCGCCGUGCCGGGAGGAGAGCGCUGUAGUGCGACGGCAGGUGGCGCGGGUCCCGCGGCCCACGCGGCCCCUCGAGCGAAGAGCUCGAACGCACCAGCGGCGAAGGCGCCUCCUGCCUCGCGCCCCGACGGCGACCGUCCACCUGCAGAUGCUGAGGUGAGCGCGGCGGCGGAACGAUGUGGGCGCUUCUGGUCGCCGGCGUGGCGCUCGCUUUGGUCGCCGGGGCCCAGGACAGCCCGGCGCCCGGCAGUCGCUUCGUGUGCACGGCGCUACCACCGGAGGCGGCGCGCGCCGGCUGCCAGCUGCCCGCGAUGCCCAUGCAGGGCGGCGCGCUGAGCCCCGAAGAGGAGCUGCGGGCCGCUGUGCUGCAGCUGCGUGAGACCGUCGUGCAGCAGAAGGAGACCUUGGGUGCGCAGCGCGAGGCCAUUCGUGAGCUCACGGGCAAGCUGGCGCGCUGCGAGGGGCUGGCGGGCGGCAAGGCGCGGGGCACGGCCACGGGCAAGGACACCAUGGGCGACCUGCCGAGGGACCCGGGUCACGUCGUGGAACAGCUCAGCCGCUCGCUGCAGACCCUCAAGGACCGCCUGGAGAGCCUCGAGCUCCAGCUCCGCACGAACGUGUCAAAUGCUGGGCUGCCUAGCGACUUUCGAGAGGUGCUACAGCGACGGCUGGGGGAGCUGGAGAGGCAGCUGCUGCGCAAGGUGGCAGAGCUCGAGGACGAGAAGUCCCUGCUCCACAAUGAGACCUCCGCUCACCGGCAGAAGACAGAGAGCACCCUGAACGCACUGCUGCAGAGGGUGGCCGAGCUGGAACGAGGCAACAGUGCAUUUAAGUCACCAGAUGCAUUCAAAGUCUCCCUUCCUCUCCGGACAAACUACCUGUAUGGCAAGAUCAAGAAGACACUGCCCGAGCUGUAUGCCUUCACCAUCUGCCUGUGGCUGCGGUCCAGUGCCUCGCCGGGCAUCGGCACCCCGUUCUCCUACGCUGUGCCCGGGCAGGCCAAUGAGAUCGUGCUGAUCGAGUGGGGUAACAACCCCAUCGAGCUGCUCAUCAAUGACAAGGUUGCACAGCUGCCCUUAUUUGUCAGCGACGGCAAGUGGCACCACAUAUGUAUCACCUGGACGACACGGGAUGGCAUGUGGGAAGCUUUCCAGGAUGGAGAGAAGCUUGGCACUGGGGAGAACCUGGCCCCCUGGCACCCUAUCAAGCCAGGAGGUGUGCUGAUCCUUGGGCAGGAGCAGGACACUGUGGGGGGCAGGUUCGAUGCCACGCAGGCAUUCGUGGGAGAGCUCAGCCAGUUCAACAUAUGGGACCGAGUUCUUCGCGCACAAGAAAUCGUCAACAUCGCCAACUGCUCCACGAACAUGCCAGGCAACAUCAUCCCCUGGGUGGACAACAACGUCGAUGUGUUUGGAGGAGCUUCCAAGUGGCCCGUGGAGACCUGUGAGGAGCGCCUCCUGGACUUGUAG